AUGGUGGCGGCCCUUAGGGAAUCGAUGGAAUUUUCGGACGCCUUUGGAGCGGUUACAGCGAGUGGAACGGCCAUUGACGUGCUCAAGAAAACAAAGCUCCACGAGGCUUUGGAUUCUGGCGAUGACGGGUGCGUGAUUUGCAAGGAUGAGAUUUCUCGUGACGAAGGAGUUAUGCCCAUGCCGUGCAAGCAUAUUUUUCACCAUGAGUGCAUCGUCCGGUGGCUGAGCGCGAGCAACUUGUGCCCGCUGUGGCGUUUUCCGAUACCCAUAAGGUCUGGAGAUUGCGAUUGA